AUUUUCUCUUGCCUUGGACAUUUUCUGGAAGGCAAUCAUUGGCUUUCUGUGAAUCUUCUUUUGUCCUGUUCACGACUAUACCCUUCACCCCUCACUUCACAUUCUACCGUCACAAUGGUCGACGCUCCCGAGAGCCCGAGGCCCCAGGAACAAACUCCCCAAAAGAAUGUCUUCCAGAAUGGGGUUAGAACCACAGGCCGGGCCUUCCACUCCCCCAACUGGCGUGUGAAGCGCGAUGAGAGCCCUAGUGGCCAGAGCGCCGCUGCCGGGUCCCCCGGUCCCAAGACCAGCACCUCGAGAAUUGCAUUCAGCAGACCCAGCCCGCAUGUGCCCCAGGCCAUCUCGGAGGGCCGCCGUCUCUACGUGGGCAACAUGCCCUACACGGCCAAGUCGGAGGAUGUGCAGGCUCUCUUCGAUGCGGCUGAGUUCCGAAUCGAGCGUAUCGAUAUCGCCAUCGAUCCUUUCACCGGCCGCAACCCCUCAUACUGUUUCGUCGAUCUGGAAACCAAGGAGCUGGCUGAGCGCGCCAUGACAGAGUUGGACGGUCGGGACAUGCUUGGUCGUCCCGUCAAGAUCAAGCCUGGUGUCGUGAAGACCCAGAGUGAGCGGGCUCAGCAGCAGCAACAGCAACAGCCGCGCUCGGAUGCCUCCCCUCGUGAGACUCGUUCUUCUCCCUUCAGCAUGGACCGGUGGCGCCGCGGCGACGAGGCUCAGCCCCCGCGCACUCCGUCGAAGACCACUACCACCACCACCGCCAGUACCCCCUCCAACAGCGAUCCCAGUCGUCGCCUCUAUGUUGGCGGCCUCCCAAGGUUGACGGACCAGGAGGCGAUCACCAGCAACAUGACCAACUUCUUCAAGGAUUACAAAGUUGAGAAUGUCAGCAAGCUGUUCGCUCCUCACCCCGCGAAGAGAUUCGAGCCCGGUGACCACUACUACCUGUUCGUCGACUUCAGCAGCGUCGAGGAGGCUGAGAAUGCCAUGAACGCGCUGAACCGCGCAGAGGGUCCCUGGGGCGCCGUCCUCCGGGUCCAGAGAGCCCGUGGAGAGAACAACUCGCAAGAGCGGAGACCCAAGUGGUCGUCCAGCCGGGACGAAGCCACCCCGGUUGCUGAGGAGGUUGCGGCCGCCGCAUAGUCUCACUAGCGCGACACAUCGGAGCAAUCAUCCAUCAUGGGAACCAGACUUGAUCCCCAACAC